CAAAUGGUCACAGGGACGCGGCCGUGGGAGGUGCCCACGGAGACACGGGGGUGACACGAGUGUCCCCACGAGACACAUGGUGCCCCUGUGGGACCCCACAGCCCCCAGCACCCAGGUGGGUGCCAGGUGCUGGUUCCCAGGGGUUGCCCUUGGGUGCCCCCGAUACCGGAGGGGAUUUAAGGCCGGCGGCCACCCCCAUGCGCCCCGACUGAGCUGCAACCGCGAUGCUGAGCCUCCUCCUGCUGCUGGUGGCUGGCGGCAGCCGGGCCACGGUGCUGCCGGACUCACGGGUGGUCAACGGGCAGGAUGCUGCACCCUAUAGCUGGCCUUGGCAGAUCUCGCUGCAGUACGAGCGGGACGGCACCUUCCGCCACACUUGCGGGGGCACCCUGAUCGCGCCCAACUGGGUGAUGACGGCCGCACACUGCAUCUCCUCCUCGCUGCACCUACGAGGUGGUGGCUGGGCGGAGUACGACAUGGGUGCCAGGGAGGGCUCCGAGCAGCGCAUCCCUGUGGCCCCCGCCGACAUCUUCGUCCACCCCAAAUGGCGAAGCUCCUGCGUGGCCUGCGGCAAUGACAUCGCGCUGCUGAAGCUGCAGCGCCUGGCGGUGCUCAACACUGAGGUGCAGGUGGGGCAGUUGCCGCCGGCGGGCACUGUCCUGCCCGAUGGGUACCCUUGCUACCUGAGCGGCUGGGGGCGGCUGGCCAGUGGGGGGCCGCUGCCGGAGCGGCUGCAGCAGGCGCUGCUGCCCGUGGUGUCCUAUGAGCGCUGCAACCCAGACCCCGACUGGUGGGGCACCCUCGCCAUCCGCCGCACCAUGAUCUGCGCCGGCGGCGCAGAGAAGGCCGGCUGCAACGGCGACUCCGGGGGUCCCCUGAACUGCCAGGCAGCCGACGGGCACUGGGAGGUGCACGGCAUCGCCAGCUUCGUCUCAGGGCUGGGCUGCAACGCGCCCAAGAAGCCGACGGUCUUCACCCGUGUCUCCGCCUUCGAGGACUGGAUCGCCGAGACCAUGAGCCAGAACUGA